UUCUCUAGAGCUGCGUGAAUAAAUUCUUCAGCCAUGGAUGUGUUCAUGAAAGGACUUUCCAAGGCAAAGGAGGGAGUCGUAGCAGCAGCAGAAAAAACCAAGCAGGGUGUGGCAGAAGCGGCAGGAAAGACGAAAGAGGGCGUCCUCUAUGUGGGUUCCAGGACCAAGGAAGGAGUUGUUCAUGGUGUCACAACAGUGGCUGAGAAGACCAAAGAGCAAGUGUCUAAUGUUGGGGGAGCUGUGGUGACAGGAGUGACGGCGGUGGCCCAGAAGACAGUGGAAGGAGCAGGGAACAUUGCUGCAGCCACUGGCUUGGUGAAGAAGGAUCAGUUGGCCAAACAGAAUGAAGAAGGUUUCCUGCAGGAGGGAAUGGUGAAUAAUACAGAUGUUCCUGUGGAUCCUGAGAAUGAGGCUUACGAAAUGCCUCCAGAGGAAGAGUAUCAAGACUACGAACCUGAAGCAUGAGAGUCCUUCCCUUCCUUUAUAUCUCCUGAAAUCUACUAACUACUAAAGACGUCCCAUCCUGUACAAGUGCUGAGUUCCAAUGUGCCCAGUCGUAAAAUUUUUUUACAGUUUUUACGGUGUAUUUUGAAGUCUUCCAUCAGCAAUGAUUGGAGUAUCUGUGACUGCAUCCACCUUGUUUCAGCAUUUCCCUCCUAACUGGUUGGCAGGGUCAUUGUUGUGCUGUGGAUAUUGUGGCUUCAAGUUUAAAAGUUAAAAAAGAAAAUAUUAAGUAAAAACACCUAAGUGUCUACUGCUUAUUUCUAACUCUGUACAUGUUUUGUUGAUAGCCUGUCAGUAAUUUGAUAUUGUUUAUGAUACAAUUUUUAUUUGUUUCCUAUGACUCUUCUUUCUGUGCAGAGAUGACUUAUUGUGAGAGCUUUAUAUAUAUGUGUAUGUAUUAUACAUAUAAAAAAAGUAAUUGAGCAUGAACUAUGCACCUAUAAAUAUUAGCUGUUGAAAUUUUAUUGUUUUGUGAUGUGUUUUAUUAACUUGUGUCUGUAAAUAAUGGUGUUCAACUGAAGCGAAUAAAAUGUAACCCAUUAAAAAUGAA